CCUUGUUGAUAGUUUACAAGCGAGGUUGGUCAGUGGGUGUUGGUCAGUCUGCCCUCUUCUCUCGUUUGGUGAAGAUCCGCGUCUAGUUUUGUGUUUAAUUAUUUAUCUAAAGAUGGCCGUAGCCCUGAUCUGGAUGGGACUUGUGGGUCUCCUGGCAAUGGGUAUAAACUCUGAAGAGCUCUCUACCUUCACAACUCUUCACAAUGAGACUGGACCCCUCGCCAACAUCUCUACUAACGCCACUACGAAACGUCAGCGGGACGUGGUGCCUCGUGUAUCCUUCAACGUAAAGAGAGCUACAGAUAAACUAACAGCCGUCGCUCACGUUCAUUUUCAGGAAGUGGUGACCAACACAGGAGGCGGCUGGGACAAUACAACCAGCGAGUUCGUGGUUCCUGUUGCAGGACGUUAUUUAUUCAUUUUCGGCGCUAUUAGUGACCGGACCAACGACUUUGCACUGUCUUUGACCCACAAUGGCGUGAAUAGGGCGACAGCUUACGCGACGACCACGACUUUGGAAUACGCCUCCACCUCUGUGACCCUGGACCUCUACACGCUUGACAGGAUAUCCUUACAGUUGCAGCAGGGCACCAUACACGAAAAGCCGGGCGAAGAAACCUUUACAACCUUCGUAGGUUAUCUUCUCUUCGCCUGGUGAAAGUCUACAUCUGAUGUGAGGUGCCUUUAUACCAAUUAAAUUACUUUGUGCAUUACGAUGAUUUUAAUGAGUUGGUUGCCCAUUGCUUGUCUAUCCUGUCUCGCUAGUCCUUAUAUCAAUAACAAUGUUCCCAAUGAAACUUAGAGGGGAACUGGGCCGAAGUUCAUAAAGAUCUUACCAUGCAUGGACAAAAAGCUUAAGUUUAAACUGUAAUUUAGCAUUCCUUGACGUAAGUUAACUAUCUGUGUGGUUAACUAGUGCGUCUUUUAAUGGUUUCCAAACGACAAAAAAACUA